AUCAGAUCUGUUCACUGAUAGUGCUCAGUCUUCUCAAUAUGACAUCAUAUACAGACAAAGGAGAAAAGCAUGAACAUGGAAGAUUUCUCCGGUUUCAUUCCAUAACAUUGUGGGUGAGCAAUGCCAAACAGGCUGCCUCGUUUUAUUGCAAUAAAAUGGGGUUUGAGCCCCUGGCCUACAAGGGCCUAGAGACUGGGAAUAGGGAUCUGGUUUAUCACGUUGCCAAACAAGACAAGAUCAUCUUUGUGUUUGUUUCUCCUCUCACUCCUGGAAAUAAAGAGUUUGGAGAACAUUUGGAAAAGCAUGGGGAUGGUGUGAAAGAUGUAGCAUUUGAAGUUGUAGACUGUGACUUUUUGGUUCAGAAAGCCAGAGAAAGAGGAGCGGUGAUAGCAAAGGAGCCGUGGAUUGAGGAAGACAAGUGUGGAAGAGUGAAAUUUGCUAUCAUUCAAACGUAUGGAGACACAACGCACACACUGGUAGAGAAUCUGGACUAUAAAGGUAUCUUCUUACCUGGAUUUAAACCUCCUCUCUUCCUGGAUCCCCUGCUGCACAAACUGCCAAAUUGCAAACUCAACUUUAUUGAUCACGUUGUGGGAAAUCAGCCUGACGAUGAAAUGGUCCCAGUUGUAGACUGGUACCAGAAAACUCUAUUGUUUCAUCGUUUCUGGUCUGUGGAUGACAAACAGCUGCACACAGAUUUCAGUGCGCUGCGCUCUAUUGUGGUCUCUAACUAUGAAGAAACCAUCAAGAUGCCUAUAAAUGAGCCUGCGCCAGGAAAGAGGAAGUCUCAGAUCCAGGAGUAUGUUGAAUAUUAUGGUGGUCCCGGAGUUCAGCACAUUGCUCUUAACACAUCGGACAUUAUUACUGCAAUCACCAACCUAAAAGAGAGGGGAAUGGAAUUCAUGUCUAUUCCAUCCAUCUAUUACCAGACACUGAGGGAAAAUCUGCAGACAGCUAAAAUACAAGUUAAAGAAAAUAUCGACAUUCUGGAGGAGCUGAACAUUCUGGUGGAUUAUGAUGAAAAAGGUUAUUUGCUGCAGAUUUUUACAAAGCCAAUCCAAGACAGGCCGACUCUAUUUCUUGAAGUCAUUCAGCGUAAUAAUCACCAGGGAUUUGGAGCUGGGAACUUUAAAUCACUCUUUGAAGCUAUUGAACAGGAUCAAGCUGCACGUGGAAACCUCACCAUCCUUACUCCAAAUGGGGAGCUGGAAAGCCUAUAGGAACUAUACAAUUUAAAUUAGUUUACAGUAACACCUGCCUAAUAUAUUUUGUGGUCAAUAUA